AUGUUUUCCUCACUUACUUUAUUCUUUUUCCCCACCUUCCACUUUCUGCUCUUCUUCUUCGUGGCUUCCACCAUCUUCUACCUGAAAUGGCAGAACCCGUGGAAGCUCCCCGACCUCCCAGGCCCCAGGGUCCAGCUGCCGCCCAGCAGCUGGACAGUGGACGCCAGAGGCCGCCUGGGGAACCAGAUGUGCCAGUACGCCACGCUCUACGCCCUGGCCAAGCUGAACGGGAAGCAGGCCGUCAUCUCGCCCAAGAUGCAGAAGACCCUGGGCCACCUCUUCGGCGUCACGCUGCCGGUCCUCACGGACAGAGCGGCCCUGCAGAUCCCCUGGCUCAGCUACUGGCUGGAGGACAGGAUGAGGGAGGAGUACCGCCACAUCCCGUGGAACUAUAUCAUCUUCAAGGGCUACCCCUGCUCCUGGACUUUCUACCACCACCUGCGGGACGAAAUCCUCCGCGAGUUCUCCCUGCACGCCAAGGUCCGGGAGGAGGCCCAGGCCUUCCUGCGCCAGGCACGCAAGGGCCAAGGCAGCAACCUUACUUUCGUGGGGGUCCACGUGCGCCGGGGGGACUACGUCCGUGUCAUGCCUCAGAAGUGGAAGGGGGUGGUGGCAGACAGGGGCUACCUGGAGCAGGCAUUGGACUGGUUCCGGGCCCGCCACACCAACGUUGUCUUUGUGGUCACCAGCGACGGGAUGGACUGGUGCCAGAGAAACAUCGACACGUCCAAGGGGGACGUGGUGUUUGCCAAGGGAUGGAUAAGGCGGUCUGCGGUGAAAGACUUCGCCUUGCUGACUCAGUGCAACCACACCGUCAUGACCAUUGGCACUUUUGGCUUCUGGGCUGCCUACAUGGCCGGAGGAAACACCGUCUACUUGGCCAACUACACCCUACCCAACUCCAUGUUCUUGGACAUCUUCAAACCCGAGGCGGCCUUCCUGCCAGAGUGA